AUGUGCCAUGUAUGUACAGUAUGUAUGAUGCAGAGUUUUGAUUUUUCCUAAAUAUAAAAAUGCUAAUUUGAGUUUCAAAGUACUUCUGUAUUUUGUUGAAUAUUUUGUGGAGGAUUCAGCAUUUGGCCAAAUAUACAAAUUAUGGUUAAAUGUGACUCCCCAUUUAUAAAUAACAAAAACUACUGGAUAUUUUAAAUUAAUGUAUAAUGGAAGUUUGGUCGUAGUGAGGAUAUAAUGAUAUCCAUAUUGAAUUUAACGUAAAACUAAUUUUCAUGUGAUGAGUAGGAUGUUAUUUAAAUCCUGUUUUGAAAUUGCACCAUACGAUUUUCAGUUGAAGCCUGAGUCUCUAGGGUAUAUAUUUAUUUGCUCCUGGAAUCAGCUCUGUUGUUUCACAGUAAGUAAAUUGAGCUCAGUGUAUACCAUUUGUUUGCCUGUCUUCUCAUAAUAUCAUCACAUGAGCUUGGCAACAAUUUAUUUGUAAUGAAGAACCUUAUGUAUAUUUUUAUUUUGACUGACAUUUUUAUAAAAGUCUUCUGCUAAUUAUUUUAUAUAUUUUCCAGUCAGAUUUAAAGUUGCGUCAGUGUCAUCAAUGUCUGUUCCUAUCGGUUCUGAUGCCACUUUACACUGUUAUCUGGUUCCUGAGAUGAAUGCUGAGAACAUGGAAAUUAAUUGGUUCAAACCAUCAUACAUUCCCUAUGUGCACAUGUACAAUAGAGGAGAAGAAGACAAGUCAAAACAGAUGGAGCAGUUUGUUAAUAGAACAGAAUUCCUGAAACAGAACAUCACUAGAGGAGGAGUGGCUUUGCUUAUCCGGAAUGUCACAUUUAAAGAUUUGGGAAAAUAUUAUUGUUAUUUUGAGUCGGAUUAUCAUCAUGGCAGAACGAUCAUUCAGUUAAAUGGCACUGCAAUUGGUACUGCACCAAAUAUUUUAUAUUCGGAACAAAAUGACUUUGUGGUGUGUAAUUCAUCCGGAUGGUUCCCCCGACCUCAUGUUACAUGGACUGACAGUGCCGGAAACCUGUUAAACGCAUCCUGGACAGAAGUGUUAAGAGAAGGAGAUUUGUUUGGUGUGACCAGCGUUAUCCCACUAAUACCCGGCUCCAACAUUACCUGCACUGUUACAAACGAUAUAACUGAAAGCAGACAGUCCAGCGCACUCAUCCCAGAAAUGAAGCCUUCACCAGAAACAGGCAAUUCCUGUUAUUACUUCAGCAUCAUUCCCUGUGUUUUAUUUAUGUGCUUAUUAUUUUUAUGGUUCCAAAUGAAGAAGUUCAUGCCCACAGCUUUAUUCUGCCUACAGAGAAGCCCAAGCAACUCCCAUUCAACUGCAAACUACCCCACCUGCCACAAGAAGAGCAUCUCAUCUACUCUAAAAGCUGCUGCCUCUUCUGGAAUUCAGUAAAUAAAAGCUCAUUCUCUUAGCGCUGCUACAUCCGGAGCCUCAAGUAGGAUCAUGUCAAUUUGAGAGUGAAAUUCAAGAUGACCAGUGUCUGUAUCGAUAAGCGCAGAGCAGUUACUAAGGGUUCAAGUGUUUG